AUGAAGUCUAUUCACUUCCUUGGGACUGUCCUGCUCGGGCUUUCCCAUUCCCUUGCCAACGCAGCAGCUAUCCCCAAUGAGUUCCCUGCUUUCGCCCCUUUUACGCCCAAGCGGGGUGGUCUCGAAGAGCGCCAGUCACCAGCCUCCUGUAUCAAUGUUGGAAAUACUCCAAACACGAGGCAUUGUUGGGCUCCAGGCUUCACGUCGUCGACUGACAUGUACACGUCCUGGCCCAAUACUGGAGUGGUUCGCUCGUACAAUUUGAGGGUUGAGAACACGACGUGCAACCCCGAUGGUGCUGGAUCGAGGGUUUGCAUGCUUAUCAACGGAAGAUUCCCAGGACCAACAAUUGUUGCGAAUUGGGGAGACACGAUCAGGGUCACCGUACGAAACCUUUUGCAAUCCAACGGUACUUCCUUCCACUGGCACGGCUUCCGCAUGCUUAACAAAAACAUCCAAGACGGUGUAAAUGGUAUCACUGAGUGUGCUGUGGCCCCGGGUGACUUCAAGACCUACGAGUUCCAAGCCACCGAGUAUGGAACGACUUGGUACCAUUCGCAUUUCUCGCACCAGUACGGAGAUGGUGUCGUUGGCACUGUUAUUGUAAAUGGACCUGCAACAGCAAACUACGACGAAGAUCUUGGUGUGAUGCCGAUCACUGAUUGGUACUACAAGACGGCAUACCAAGCUGCCUCCAUCGCCUUCCAGAACGGACAAGCUGGACUGGGUCCGCCAGUCGGAGAUAACAUCUUGAUCAACGGAACAGCUAAGAAUGCCGCUGGAGGUGGCUCAUGGAACAAGGUCACUAUCCAAGCUGGAAAGCGCUAUCGACUACGACUUGUCAACACGGCAGUGGACACGAACAUGCUAGUCAAUCUUGAUGGUCAUCCAUUCCAAGUCAUCGCAACGGAUUUUGUGCCUGUCAACCCAUACAACACCACUCAUCUCCAGAUCGGAAUCGGUCAGCGCUACGACGUCGUCUUCACCGCAAACCAAACAGCAGGAAACUACUGGUUCCGUGCUGUCGCUAACGGACUCUGUCAAUCACGCGCCGCUCGCGAAGGCCGUGCCAUCUUUACGUACCAAGGACAAACUGUGGCUGACCCUACUUCCACAGCCCCUGCUUCCCCAUUUACGGCGUGCGUCGACCCAAUAACAAGCCCCAAGAUUGCAAAGGAUGUACCCAGUAGCACCUUCGCUGCCCAGUCCAAGACUCUACCCGUCGCUUUCGGCCCUGUCGCGGCGAACGGUAACACCGUCCUGUGGACUAUCAACGGAACCUCGAUGAUCAUCGACCCGGGAAAGCCCACCAUCAAGUAUGUUGCAGAGAACAACAACAGUUUCCCUCAGUCGUACAAUGUUGUUCAAGUCCCGUCAACUUCUGCGUCUACAUGGACCUACUGGGUGAUUCAACAAGCAGUAGGCGCCCCGCCCAUUGCUCACCCCAUCCAUCUCCACGGACACGAUAGCUACGUCCUAGGCGCAGGCGAUGGCCAAUUCAGCUCCGCUACGCACUUUAGCCAGCUGCGCUUCACAAACCCACCUCGUCGGGACGUCGUCCAGCUCAGGGGUGGCGGCUGGCUGGUUCUCGCUUACCCUACGGACAACCCAGGAGCUUGGCUGAUGCAUUGCCACAUUGCUUUCCACGUAGGCAUGGGUCUCAGUGUUCAGUUUCUCGAACGUAAGCAGGAAAUCAAUCUCCCUGCCGCCGGUUCCGAGUGGAACAACAACUGCAACAACUGGGCUGCAUACAAGGCCGGUACUACGGACGUCUGGCCUCAAGAUGAUUCUGGUCUUAAGAAGCGAUGGCCGCCUCUUAUUGAGGGCCGUUCGACUUUCCGGCUAGACUAG